AUGGUGCCGCCGCCUCCUGCAGCCCGGGAAGAGAUCGUCGAUGAUCCGCCGGCGGAGCAUCAGCCGUCGUCAUCACCAGCAACGAAGCCGUGCUGGAAGGCGACGACGAGCAGCCUUGUGUUUCUUGUGUUUCUUGCUUUGCUCGUCGGCACCAACUGGAUCCACCACGAAGCUGUUCAACAGUACUACUCGUUCCAUCCGGUCAUCGGCGGCGGCAGUUUCAGUCGGCAUGGGCGUGCUCCUGGCCGCACCCGCUCAUCGACGGCGUCCCUCGUACCCAUACCCUUCAGCUGCGGCAACGACACGUCGUCCCCGUCACUCUGCCGCCGCCGCGCAUCACCGCCAGCACCAGCACCAUCACCAUCACCAUCCUCGUCAUCACAGCAACAAUACUCCCCGGGCGUGCCGCCACCUUGGUGCCAGGACUACUUCCGCCACAUCCACACGGACAUGGAGCCAUGGCGAGCGACGGGGAUCACGCGAGACGCGGUGGAGCGCGCCCGGCCCAAUGCGGAGUUCCGGCUCGUGGUGGUCUCCGGGCGCGCCUACGUGGAGAAGGAGCCCUACGCGUUCUGGAAGGGCAACCCCGACGUCUCGCCGGUGCGCCGCGAUCUCUUCCGGUGCAACAACGACUCCGCCGCCGGCAAGGAAUGGAACGUGCGGGCGUUCAAGCAGGACUGGAAAGCCGCCCACCGCAACGGCUUCAGGGACUCCGACCUGGCGAAGCAGUGCCGGUACAGGUACAAGAUCUACGUGCAGGGACGGGCGUGGUCGGUGAGCGAGAAGUACAUCCUCGCCUGCGACUCGCCGAUGCUGGCCAUCGACACGCCCUUCGAGGACUUCUUCACCCGGGGGCUCGUCGCCGGCAAGCACUACUGGCCCAUCGACCCGGCGCGCAAGUGCGCCGCCAUUAAGUUCGCCGUCGACUGGGGCAACGCCCACCCGGGGCAGGCGCGGCGUAUGGGCGAAGAAGGCAGCGGGUUCGCGAGGGAGGAGAUGAGCAUGGACUACGUAUACGAGUACAUGCUCCACGCGCUGACGCAGUACAGUGCGCUGCUCCGGUACAAGCCCACCGUGCCCGAGAAAGCCGUGGAGGUCUGCGUCGAGUCCAUGGCCUGCCCCAGACGUGGCCGCGAGAGGGAGUUCAUGAUGGAGUCCAGGGAGAGGUACGUGGCCGGGCGCGAGCUGUGCACGCUGCCGCCGCCGUUCACUGCCGAGGAGGUAAGGGAAAUGGCUGUCAGGGACGAGCAGGUGCGAAGCAAAAUACUCCAGAUGGAGGAGGGACACUAG